GGCGGAAGAGGCGUGUCCUCUUGCACAGACACGCUCAAGUUUCCUCCAAAUGGCGAAAACAGCGAAAACAGAACCAGCACACAAAUAGGGAGGAGAAGCAAUUACAGAAACUUCUCCGCUCCAUAGACGGAAACAGCGACCAAACAAGAGACUUUUGACCUGUGAAAGCCACACCAACACAUGCAGGCUGCCCCUAAAGCAAAACCUCCUCCGUCCGACCAGACAGACCACAGCAGGCAAACCGGAUAUCACCCUGAGAUCAUACUGCGCUUGAUGCGGGCAGCGUCAGGAUGGGCAACAGCAGCAGCGAUCGCUCCAGCAACGAGAGGUCAUUCAGAGAUGGACCGUCUGGAGGGAAGGAGGCUCGACCCAACAUCAUGAUGGACAGCAACGACGACGCAGAGCUGUUCCACAGGGAAGAUCCGAAGGCUACCCCAGACAUACAGGAGUUUCUGGCCUGGCAGCAGGACCUCGACUGCGACAGUAAGGAGCCGGCGCAGGCCAGACCGACCGUUUUCAGAUGGGCCGGGUCGGCCAAAGAAGUCUUUGUGUCUGGUUCUUUUAACAACUGGGCCACCAAAAUCCCUCUUAACAAGAGUCAGAAUAACUUCGUGGCCAUUGUGGACCUGCCAGAGGGGGAGCACCAGUACAAGUUUUGCGUUGACGGACAGUGGACUUUAGAUCCCACUGGGCCCGUGACAACAACCAAGACUGGCACAGUCAACAAUGUCAUUCAGGUGAAUCAAACUGACUUCGAAGUCUUCGAUGCCCUCAAGAUCGAUUCGCAGGAUUCAACGGACUUGUCUGACCUGUCCAGUUCCCCACCCGGGCCCUACCAACAGAACGGAUACCUCAUCAAGCCAGACGACAAGAUCAAGCAGCCUCCUAUCUUGCCGCCCCACCUGCUCCAAGUGCUGCUCAACAAGGACACAGGUGUCUCUUGUGACCCGACACUACUUCCAGAGCCUAACCACGUCAUGCUGAAUCACCUGUACGCCCUCUCCAUCAAGGACGGGGUGAUGGUUCUCAGCGCUACUCACCGAUACAAAAAGAAAUACGUGACCACUCUCCUCUACAAACCCAUAUAACCCAGAGAGCCAACCAUCAACCUGAUGUUCCACACAGCUGCUACUUCUAAUGACAAUUAAUGAUGAAUCAGGACCAACAUUUUUAUAACAAAGUGUUCUGAACUUUUCUUUGAUCUCUUGUUUUAUCUACCUGUUAAUACUAAGCUCUUUUUCUGUUAAUAUUUUUCACAAUGUUUCAUACUGUCAGUGUGUGAAUAAAUCUAUAUUGCCUUGCCACAUAA